AUGAAGUGGUAUAGUACAGAGAAUGUUCAAGGCCAGGAAAACUAUACUAUCCCAGAUGCCAUGUUAAAAUUCUCCAAAGAAAAUGGUGUUUCAGUUAUAGGCCAUACCAUUUUGUGGGACGAUGAAAAUUUUCAGCCUGAAUGGGUUAAGUCCCUCUCUCCUGACAAAUUGCGAGAAGCAGCUGCAAAGUAUAUUGGACAAGUGAUUGCAUGGGACGAGAUGAACGAGAAUCUCCACUGCCGUUAUUUUAAGGACAAACUUGGUGAAAAUGCCUCUGCAAUAUAUUAUUCUACAACUUACCAUCUUGAUCCAAACACUGAUGUUUAUGAAUGA